CCGUCGAGGCGGGUGUGUGUCAGCGCUCUGACUUUAUUAAUAGAUUUUUGUGAUAUAACUUACUUUCUGCUGCCAGAUUUCCUGUUUUGGCGGCGGUGGUGAGUACAACGAACUCGUCCAGCUAUACAGGGGCAGGAAAAUAAUCCCUUAAAAAUUGUGCUCAGAGUCUGAAGCGUUGGAAUAAUUUUGACUAUAUUUCCUGGAAGCUGUGGUUGUUUUUUUUUAUUUUCACAUAAUUCCCCCACACAGGACAAGAUCCCCCCACAAGGACGAUGACCAUCAAAUAUACCCCAGUCCAGCAGGGAGAUAUAUUGACACCCACGACAGUGGAAAAUCCAUUUGAACUUCAACACCGGCCGGAGAACAACCAUGGCACCAGAAUACCCUCAAGAGAUCCAAGUCUGGAUAAGGACCCUCUGCUUAUAUAUUUCUACAAGAUGGACUUUGGUCGUGCCCAGCUGUAUGUGUAUGGAUUAGCCUGGCUGGCUGCUGUGAUCUCUGCUCCUGUGUACGUGGACUCAAUCUUCCUCAUCAUGACCCUGCCUCACAGAUGUGUGGUGCCUUCAUGUGAUGAUAACAGUACCCAGUAUAACCAGACCUUCGUAGAGUGGGCCAUCCCAGAGGGCGACCAGUGCCACGUCAGGAUACUGGAGAAUAUCACUGACCAAUGUCAUCCUGAUACAUUUUCCAACUUGACUACAUCCUGCUCAGAGUGGGUCUACGACACCUCACUCUUCUCCGCCACUACUGUUACUGAGUUUGACUUAACAUGUGACAGGGCAUUCCUGGGUCCUCUGGCUGGUUCAAUGUACAUGAUUGGUAUGUUAGUCGGUGCUAUUGUCAUUGGUGAUUUAGCUGAUCGUUUUGGAAGAAAAAAUGGAAUCUUGGUGUCAGUUCUACUGCUGGGAGGCGGGGGAGUUCUGAGUGCUGUCUCACCCACCUACUAUAUGUUCCUCUUGAUGCGUUUCUUUACUGGUGCUGGAGGUGUUGGCCUGUUUCAGGUCAUAUUUGUAUUGGCUGUUGAAUUUGUUGGUGCCAAAUGGCGUACAUUUUGUGGGAUUUUCAUUGAAGUUCCAUUUGCACUGGGUGAAUCUCUGACUGGAGUGAUGGCCAUCUUCAUACGAGACUGGCGUUACCUGCAGGUUGCUGUUACUGCUCCUGCUUUCCUGCUUAUCACUUACAAUUGGAUAAUGCCUGAAAGUGUUCGAUGGUUGGUAGCUCAGGAUCGCAAGACUGAGGCCAGGAAGAUUAUAGAGAGAGCUGCCAGAUUUAAUGCUGUUGAGGUCCCAAAGUAUAUGUUAGAUGAUGACAAUGUGCAGGUUUCCACCAUUGAUGGAGUUUUGUCAGUAUCUAACAGCAAAGUUGAACUUGUGAGUGAAACUAAACCUGAAGAUCAGAUAAAGAAGACUGUUAUUGACCUUCUUAGAACGCCAAAUAUGAGGAAAAGAUCUUUCAACAUGUUCUUUUGCUGGGCUGUGUGUACGCUGGUAUACUACGGACUAUCCUCCAAUUCUGGCAACUUAGGUGGCAAUAUCUUCGUCAAUUUCAUCGCCACUAUGUUGAUUGAGAUUCCAUCUUACAUCUUCUCCUUCCUCGUCCUUGACAGGUUAUGAAUGGUUGGUAGUGGUGCUGAGCUUGUUGGGCAAGUUUGGUAUUGCAGCUGCAUUUGCCAUCAUCUACAUCUACUCUGCAGAAAUUUUCCCAACUGAUUACCGAAGCGUUGGUAUUGGUGCUUGUUCCAUG